GCGAGACGAGCGACCACUAGUGGCAGAUGGCGGGAGUGAUCUCGUGUGAUAUAACUGUGUUAGAUGGUUAGAUUAGUUUUUAAAUUGUAGUGUUUAUUAUAGAAUAGUUAUUAAAAUGACUAGAGCUAAAAUAGAACUCGGAGACGUGACACCGCAUAAUAUAAAACAAUUAAAGAAAUUAAACACAGUUGUAUUUCCUGUGUCAUAUAAUGACAAAUUCUACAAAGAUGUACUGGAAGCGGGCGAACUGGCCAAGUUAGCGUAUUACAAUGAUAUCGUGGUGGGAGCUGUAUGCUGUAGAAUAGACACGUCGGAGAACUCACGGAGACUGUACAUAAUGACACUAGGGUGUCUUUACCCCUACAGAAGACUGGGAAUAGGUACUUUGAUGGUUGAACAUGUGCUCAAGUAUGUUGAACAUGAUGGGAAUUUCGACAGCAUUUUCUUACAUGUGCAAGUGAAUAAUGAAGGUGCAAUAGAUUUUUAUAAGAAAUUUGGUUUCGAGAUUGUUGAAACAAAAGAACACUACUACAAGAGGAUAGAGCCAGCUGAUGCACAUGUGCUACAGAAGACAAUCAGACAGUCAGAUGCAACACCUUUAGUUAAUGGAUUAGUGCCACAUGCAAAAACGAAUGGACACGAUUGAAUAAACCAAUAAACUCCAUUGUAUUCAACAAAUCCUCGACUUGGUUGUAAUAGUGCAACUAACAAAGUGAUAUCACAUAAUUUAAGACUUUAGGAACUCGGUAUCUAUAAACAGAAUUUAAUUAGGAUACUUUAAAUGUUUGUUCCACUUUCGGGAUAAAUAUUUUACUAUCUUAUACUGAAAUUUCCAAUGUAAAUGGUUUCAAACAUGUCUCAAUAGGGAACAAGCCAUUUGUAAUGGGUUAGUUAGUAAGUUGUGGAAGUUUGAAGCCAUAAUGCUAAACUGAAUAUGACUGAUUGUUCUGGAUACUAACUCAUGUUGUACAGUACUUCCAUAGGUAUGAUGGCAUGUUGUUGAUGGAGACAUUGUGUACACAAUUCUAGUGUUUUAAUAUUCUAAUACUGAUUGUACAGGUGUGACAUUAGGAUUACUAUUAAAUGGAGGUGAAAUUGUAAAUUCUCGAUCAUUUGAGUAUGUCUUGUACAAAAACGAGAAACAGUGGUUAGCUCUAGGCAUUCUUUUAACUAUAAUGGAUGGCAUAUGAAAUUUUCGUGUCAUUGUUUUUUACUAUAACUAAGUAAUCAAGUAGGUGUAAAGUUUUCGAUUUCACUAAUUUAAUGAACUUGGACUCAAAACAUGUCGCGCAGUAGUCACCUCGCAAUAUAUCUUUGUAUUUGUAAUGUGUGUAUGAGGAAGGAGUUUCUAUUUUCCAAUUACCUACUCAAAUAGGCUUAAUGUUUCAAACUAUGUUAAUUUUAUAUAUUUUUUUGCACUGCGUCAGUAUAUUGGUGUUCAAUAAUUUUAUAAUUUUGUUGAUUUAUAUUAAAAUUUGUUUUAUUAAAAUUGUAAAUUGAUUUGUAGCAAUAUGGAAGUCGUAAGUCACCACAGGUUUCAAGCAUCUGCUACCAAAGUUUUUUGGCACUCAGUAUUUUUUUUCUGAAUCCAUAUUUUGUUAUACAUCAUGUU